UCUCUCUCUCCCUCUCCCUCUCUCUCUCUCCCUCUUUCUUAAAUUGACAUUGGUCUGGCUCGAAACAUGAUAACAGAAAAGCCUUCCUCUGCUCCGCGUUGCCGGGCUGUCCUUAACCCGAUCACUUGAAACUCAAAUAAGCAGGCGUAAAGACGAAAAAGGAUUGCACAGUAUCCUAUCAGCGGGUGCUCAGAGGGAAUAACGAUAGACCUUUUAUACCACACACACACACACACACACACACACACCCUUGUAUGUGCUAUUGCGCAUCGUAGAUCUUAGAAAGUGCUCUUGUUCAACUACGGUGAAAGUUAACAUGUAUAUGCACGCUUUGAUACGCGCAAGCCUGGGAUUUGUAGGUUUCUGCCUGGUCGCCUUUGUCCAACAGUCAGCUUCAGGAAGUAAACCCACUCAAGAUGUGGACGAGUGUGCAGAGGCGCUUGACAACUGCAGCAUCGAUGCCAUCUGCCAAAACACCCUGAAGUCAUACAAAUGUCUCUGCAAGUCAGGCUAUAAAGGGGAUGGCAAACAUUGUGAAGAUGUCGACGAGUGUGCGACUGAAUACAACGGUGGCUGUGUCCAUGAGUGCAUCAACAUCCCAGGAAAUUACAGGUGCACAUGCUAUGAUGGCUUCCGCUUGGCACAUGAUGGGCACAAUUGUCUAGAUGUGGAUGAGUGCUCAGAAGGCAACGGCGGAUGCCAACAGAUUUGUGUCAAUAUGAUGGGCAGCUAUGAGUGCCGCUGCCGAGAAGGAUUCCUCCUGAGUGACAACCAGCACACCUGUAUCCAAAGGCCUAAAGCGCAACCAGACGGCUCAAAGGAGGGACCCACCUGCAUGGACAAGAAUCACGGCUGCGCACACAUCUGUAGGGAAACGCAGAAAGGUGCCAUCUCCUGUGAGUGUCGACCUGGAUUCCAGCUCACCCGUAACAUGAAGGACUGCAAAUUGACUUGUAACUAUGGUAAUGGCGGUUGCCAGCACAUCUGCGAGGAGACAGACCACGGCCCUAAGUGUUCGUGCCAUAUGAAGUUCGUCCUGCACAGUGAUGGAAAGACUUGUGUAGGUGUGCGCAUGCAUGCAGGGGAGAGGAGUGUCCAGCCCAAGGGAACCCCACAGCCGUUCCCCAAUGAGACCUGUGCAGUGAACAAUGGCGGCUGCGAUAGCACAUGUCAUGAUUCAGUGACAGGAGUGCGCUGCAGCUGUCCUGUUGGCUUCACUCUGCAGCCGGACCGCAAGACCUGCAAAGAUAUUGAUGAGUGCCGCCUUAACAAUGGGGGGUGUGAUCACGUGUGCCGGAACACAGUGGGCAGCUUUGAGUGCAGCUGCAAGAAAGGCUACAAGCUGUUGACCAACGAGAGAACUUGUCAAGACAUUGAUGAGUGCUCUUUUGACCGGGCCUGUGACCACUUUUGUGUCAACUCUGCUGGUAGUUUCCAGUGCCUCUGUCAUAAAGGCUACGUGCUCUACGGCCUGGCACACUGUGGAGAUAUUGAUGAAUGCAGUAUAAAUCGUGGUGGUUGUAAAUACGGCUGCAUCAACACUCUGGGGAGCUACGAGUGUACCUGUCCACCAGGGUACAAGCUGCACUGGAACAGGAAAGACUGUGUUGAGCUGGUGAAAUGUCUUCCUGGACUUGUAGCACCAAAGGCCACUCUGACCUGUAGCAAGACAGGCAAGAAAGAGAGCUGCUCCCUUACCUGUGCCUCUAAGGCUCACUAUCUGGCAGAGUCUGACAGCAGCUACUCAGUCAGCUGUGGUAUCCCCAUCUUCAGAGGCAAGUCCCCUGCCAGGCUUAACUCCAGCAGCAGUCAGAGCUGCAUAGAGACUUUGGCCCCUCCAGUGAAGCAGACGGCUUCUUUCAAGAUUAAAAACGCCAAAUGUCACCUGCACCCGAAGCUUACCGGCAGGACAGAGGACAGAGGACGGACACUUGGACCAGGCGGCGGGCAGCCCUGCAGCAACUGCCUCGUGACAUUUGUCAACCUCAAAUGUGACUCCUCUAAGAAAGCGAAAGGGCGGCGUGCUCGCAACCCAGCCAACAAAGAGGUAACACGCAUCACUUUGGAGCUGGAAGCUGAGGUUAAACCUGGAGACACCACAGGGAGUUGCAAUCUCAGCUGCCUCAGACAGCGCAUGGAGAAGCAGGUCAAGACAUAUAUCAAGGCUCUGAAAAAGUCCAUCAACCAGGAACGCUUCCUGAUAAGAGUUGCCGGUUUGGAAUACGAGGUGGCCCAAAAACUUCCCCAGGCUUCUCCCAAUCAGGAGAACUGUGGCCCGGGCUGGGAGAGGGACAGCGGCCGUUGUGUCAGAUGCUUGUCGGGGUCUUACUACCAUGGUGAGCAGGAGCGCUGUGUCCAAUGUCCGCCAGGCACUUUCCAGGAGAAGGAGGGGCAGCUGGCCUGUGACCUCUGCCCUGGCAGUGAUGGCCAUGGGCCUGUGGGGGCACGAAACAUCUCCUCCUGUGCAGGCCAAUGUCCAACGGGGUACUUCUCCAGCGAUGGGUUCAAACCUUGUCAGCCGUGCCCUCAGGGCGCCUACCAACCAGAUUUGGGACGGACACUGUGCUUCCCCUGUGGGGGAGGACUGAGCACCAAGCGGGAGGGUGCCAGCUCCUUCCAUGAUUGUGAAGUCAAAGUUCAGUGUUCUCCAGGUCAUUACUACAACACCACAGUACACCGGUGUAUCCGCUGCCCAGUAGGGACGUAUCAGACAGAGUUCAGGCAGAACUACUGUAUUUCCUGCCCUGGGAACACCACCACUGAUUUUGAUGGUGCCACAAGUGUCUCACAGUGCAAGAACAGGCAAUGUGGUGGUGAGAUGGGUGAAUUCAUGGGUUACAUUGAGUCACCUAACUAUCCCGGUAAUUACCCCGCUAAUGUGGAGUGUAUUUGGAACAUCAACCCACCCAGCAAGCGCAAGAUCCUAAUCGUUGUGCCGGAGAUUUUCCUGCCCUCGGAGGACGAGUGUGGCGAUGUGCUGGUUAUGAGGAAGAACUGGUCAGCUACAUCCAUCACCACCUACGAGACAUGUCAGACAUACGAGCGGCCUAUCGCCUUCACAGCUCGCUCCAGACGUCUCUGGAUUAACUUCAAGUCCAACGAGGCCAACAGCGCCAGGGGCUUUCAGAUCCCCUAUGUUACUUAUGAUGAGGACUAUGAACAGCUCGUAGAGGACAUAGUGCGAGAUGGAAGACUCUAUGCCUCAGAAAACCAUCAAGAAAUCCUCAAGGAUAAAAAACUGAUUAAGACUCUUUUUGAUGUGCUGGCUCACCCAAACAACUAUUUUAAGUACACCACUCGGGAGUCCAACGAGAUGCUUCCUCGCUCCUUCAUACGUCUCAUAAGCAGCAAAGUCUCUGCUUUCCUGCGACCAUACAAGUAAAAAGAUCACACAGCUGCUGAAGCACCGGAUCAUGACCCCCUGACGUCCCCCUCCAUCUUACAGGCCACAUCCCGCAACUCUCAUAAGACUGAUGAACAUAAAACAUACUAGUAUGUUUACCCCCUCUUAAUUUCCAUAGGCUUUGACAAUAAACACUAUGCAGACCUGAGAAAUACUGAAAUCGUUUGUGUUUUAGAUUUUUUGUCAGCUUCCAUUCAGCACAGGUCUGCAAUCCCGAGCUCAAGCAUUUAGUGGGGAUGUAGAGUAUGUGAGUGGGUUUGGUUUCUAUUGUGUUGAGCAAUGAAGCCAUAGAAAACAAUAGAAACGCCUAUUUCAGACAGUAGGAGUGACGUUUUGUGCUCGCGGUUUGAGCUUGUUGUUGUAUUUACUUAAAUGAGCGGUCUGAGUUCCAGCUCCAACUCCUACCAUUAAGUAUGACUGUAAGUGUUGUGUAAGUGUUGUGUAACCCUGGUCCCAUCUUCAGUCUCUGUGUUGCUGUCCUCAAGGAGGAGCAGUUGUUAUAUUCAUGUCGCAGCUGCGUUCCAUGUCAUUCAAAGCCUUACUAUAUUUGAGCUCUUAGAGCAUUUUCCAAGGAUUUUACUGUUAAAACAGUUAAUCUAUGUUUUGUUCUGUCUGUCUAGACUGUACUGGCAUUUUCCAACCUUCAGAUAAUUUCUGUUGCUCUAUUUUUUUUUUAAAGCCAACUUAAAGCAAAUACAAAAAAGUUGGUUUAUCAUUCCAGGAACAUAGUGGACAUUUGGGAGAUGAAUAACAAACUAACAAUUGUGAGAGCCACAGAAGAUCAUGUGAUGUCUAGUGGAACAAUGUCUCUGAGAGAGAGAUAGAGAGAAAUGUCUUUAAGGGACAUUAUGUUUGCUGCUUCUUUUUAAAAGGUCACUUUAAUUCUUCAAUCUCAUAUUGUCUUUCUGAUUUACUCUACACACUAAUAGUCUAUAGGUUUCAAACAAAAAGGAAGCUCCACAUCUGAGUUGCUUUAGUUCGUACACACAAUAAGUUGAUAAUCUCAUAUUGCCUGUCUGUGGACUACCAGUUUUAUCGCUUGUUUAUUUCAAUCUUGUAAAUAAUGAAAAUAAAUUAGACGAGGGUUGAAUUCUUUGAUCCUAAUUUUCUCACGCAGGACCCCCAAAAUCACUUUUGAUGUCCCGCCCGUCUCAAAUCCAAAGACACCCAGUGCCCAGCCUUUCGUCCAGCCCUCACAUUUUAUUCUGUCCCAAUGAAGACAGCUCUUCCAAAGACGGGUCACUUUGUUUUGUGCACUAAAAUUUUGAAGGUGUCAUCCUACCUUUUGUAGUCCAAAGUGCAAUGAAUGAAAAUAACACACCUUAUUUUGGUUACACCCUUCCGUGACCCCCAACAAAGCUUGUGAAAUGUGUUUUAGGCUGCAGUCUUGUUGAGACUCACUGUAAUAAAUAUUUAUCAGUCAUUACGGGCAGAAGAUGUUUCUCAUAGUCAGAGAAAUACUAAAAAAUAGAGUCUGUCAAAAAAUAAAUAAUAAAUAAAUAAAAAAUAUAAACUGAGUAUUUGGUGUGUAGAAAAUAUACAUUGUGAUUUCAAAACAGCAACCAAAACAGGGUAAAAUAAUUUAAGCUGUGUAAAACUCGAACUUCGCUUGAUGUUAGGAUGUUAGGAAAGGAAUAGUUGACAUUUUCGGAAAUACAUUUAUUUGUUUUCUUGCCGAGAGUUACAUGAGUUUGAUAGAUUGAUUGCACUCAUGUAUUUACAGUAAAUAUGAAGCUACAGCCAUGAGACAGUUUAGAGCACCUAUAAAGCUCACUAAUUAACACAUUACAUCUCAUUUGUUUAAUCAGUACUAAAACUGGUGGGUGGGGGGUUAUGUGUUGCACUAUUUCUUGGCAGUGAAGUGACUUCCUGGAGCCUGUUGCCUGGUAACUUCACAGUGACGACUGGAAGGACUCUGCAAGAAAGUGAAUAAGAAUUUCCCAAAUCUCGGGACUAUUCCUUUAAAGUCACACACUGCAGUCAAAUUUCCUGCUCUCUGAUAUCAAAUAAAUUUGUCAGGGAGUAUGUUUUAACUCCGCUCAUGUAAAUAAAAAUAAGUGAGAUGGUACACUUCAUAUCAUUUUACCAAACGGUAUUUAAUGUACCCAAACUUUAGGAUGACACAAAAGGGAUUUUGACCACACACACUGACAAACUGUAGGGUGAUGCUGGGCCAAGUCAUGAAGUUUUCAGUUUGAAAAUCCUACACAUCUUGCUAACUUUAGCCACCGAUUACCAGAUCUGGUCUCUAAUAUCUAGGCCUGUAUGUAGGCCUACUAGGUGCCAACAAGCAGCACCAGAUUGUGCUCACUCGGCCCACAUCCCGUCAUUCCCCUCUCCCACCAGAAUCGGCUUCUUUCCUGCAAAUCUUUUUUUUUGUUGCCUUUUAACAAGAGUUUGCUAUGAUGUAUCAUAGAGUUGAUAAUGAUAUUUGCACUUGAAUUGUUAUUGCUCAUGUAAAGAAAUGUCUGGAUUUUGUAUUGUCUUUUUAAAUGAAUGGAAUUGGUGUUAUUUUCUUGUAGCUUGUUUGUUCAUGAAAUGCUCACUCACCGUUAGUCUAUAGAGAUGAUACACAUAACAUUAUCAACUGUAAAAAAAAAAAAAUUAAAAAACAUAACAAAAACAACUAUGUACAGAGGUGAAUGAAACAAGUUUGUACUUGUUACUGCCCAAAACACUUAUCGAAAUAAACAAUACUGUACUUCA